AUGAGUGUGGCAGCGCUGAAGAACGUUGCUCUGAUUCUCCUGGCGACGGGGGCUUGGAAGGCAACGCCUGCUCCCAUCCCUGAAGGGUCCUUUUCCGAAAUACACCCAGGCACAUGGGCAAAUGUCCGCAUGAUCAUGAGCGUGAUCGAUUCAAUAGAGGAGAGGACGUGCAUACGCUUUGUCCCUCGGAGCACUCAGACAGACUAUGUCCAUCUUAAACACCAUGAAGGAUGUUACUCGGCCAUCGGGCGCAACGUCGGUGUACAGACGCUGUCCUUGGGCGACGGCUGCUUCUUCUUUGGCACAGUGACCCAUGAGAUGAUGCACGCGAUUGGUUUCUAUCACGAGCACUCGCGCCCCGACAGGGACGACUACAUCGAUAUCUACCCAGAGAAUGUGAUGCCGGGGCAGCUGCUAAGCUUCACCAAGGUAAACCCCAGCGAAAUCCGUUUGCUGACGCCAUUCGACUACGACUCAGUCAUGCUGUAUGGAUCCCAUGCAUUUUCCCGUGAGCCUGGCCUCACCACCAUGCUAGCGAAGGACGGGAGGUGGCUUAUGAAUGUCCACGAAAAGCCUGGGUUAAGCGAAAGUGAUGUAACUCGUAUUAACACUCUCUACAACUGUACAAUAUAG